AUGGUUGAAAGGGAAUGGAGAUCCAUCCUUCUGGACACCAUCCGUACCCUUAUUGACUCUUUGCCUAGACGUGUUUCUUCGUUAUUUGUAGAGAAAAAGGCUUGCUAUGACGGUUAUGGUUGCUUUUCCAAUGGACCACCAUUUUAUCAUCCAAUUUAUCGUCCUCUAAGUGUUCCACCUCAACCACCUGAAGUGAUCAAGACGAUGUUCCUUCUGCACACGAGAAGAAACCGCAACAGGCCUAUAUUCAUAUCACCGCGUCGUCCAAAAAGCAUUAAAAAGUCAACAUUCGAACCUACGUCACUGACCCGGGUUAUCAUCCAUGGAUUGAAUGACAACUUAGCUGUUAAUUCCUGGUUUCAGCGAUUGAAAGACGUUUUUCUGGAUCGAGCAGAUGAAAAUGUUAUUAUUGUGGAUUGGAGUGGAUCAAACCGGUUUCCCUACACGGUUUCUGUGGCAAAUACUCGCCUAGUAGGAGCUCAAAUAGCUGAACUAAUACAUUUUUUAUAUAAAUCUGAAGGAGCUAGUCCAGAAAGCUUUCACCUUGUCGGUCAUAGUUUAGGAGCCCAUGUAGCAGGAUAUGUUGGAGAACGAUUGCACAACCUAGGAAGAAUUACUGGACUGGAUCCAGCAGGACCGUUCUUUCGCCAUGUACCUGAAAAAGUGAGGCUUGAUCCUAAUGAUGCUGUGUUCGUUGAUGUUAUUCAUACCGAUCCCGGGACCUCAAUCCUUCAAGGAUUUGGCACUCCUGAAGAUGCUGGGGACCUGGACUUUUUCCCUGGAGGAGGAGAUCCACCAGGAUGUGAGCAAACAUUUUCGAGAUCCAUUGUUGAAGAUCUUCCGACGGAAGCCAUUAGCAAUCUGCUAUCUUGUCAGCAUCUACGAUCAUACGAGUUCUUCAUCUACUCCUUCAACCAGAACGGUUGCCUGUUCGUCGGGGUCGAGUGCGCCAGCUGGCCCAAAUUUCUGAAAGGAGGGUGUGAUUGCGGAGAGGAUGGAGAAAAGUGCGCCAUCAUGGGUGUCUUCUCCCCAACAUACGUUGCACCACAUGGAUAUCAUCAUAAAGAUCGGCGAUUGUAUCUGAAGGUUGGACCCGAAAGGCCUUUUUGUGUGCAUCAGUAUCAAGUGACGAUUUAUCUUCAUUCAGAAACUCAUCAAAAGACAUACGGUUACCAAACUGUUUCAGUUCAUUUAUCAGUACAAGGUAACUUGGAGAAACUUGAAGGAGAACUGAGUCUCGAUAUUCGUCUUUUCGAAACGAACCAAGUUAAGAACUUUCUACUUUCGACUGAUCGACCAAUCGGGGACGUUGAGUCGGCAUUUAUCAAGCUUUACGGAAAAUCUACAACUCAUUCAGAAGCUUAUCCUUUCCAUUCACGUUACGAACCAGAGUCUGACGUAAUUGUAGACAAAAUUGAGAUCAACUACCUCUUUCCAUUACCAAAACAUAUUACAUCUGCUUUACUAUGCAAAACUUCUGAAAGCUCGAAAAGCCAUGGAUCAAGAGAAUUUCAGUUCUCGCCCAAAGUCUGUUACUAGUGAUUCGACUCGAGUGAUCAACGAUUUACUGCUUGAAUCAGUUUUUGUAAAUAUGUCGGGUAU